AUGGGAGCCUUUAUUUGUAACAACUGCAACGAAUCUUUAAAUAAAUUGCAACAAAUAAAAAAACAUUUGAUAAAAUGUAAAAAUUAUUUAUUUACUUGUAUUGAUUGUCAACAAAUAAUUAAAUAUAAAAAUGUUCGUUUACAUUUAAAUUGUGUUGGUGGAAGAGAAAAACAAGUUGGGAUUGUUAAUUAUAUUGCUAUGGCUAAUAAACAGGACAACAAGGUUUUUUUAAAUAUUAGGGUAAUCAUGGGGGAUUUGGAGGGAAUAGGAGAGAAGCCAAAAUUUUGUUUUUGUUUUUUCCCGAAAUUUCGUUUUUCCUUCAUUUCGUUUUAUUUUUCGGGUUUCGAUAACUUUGGUGACUAG